CUAGGUCAGCUAGAGGCCACAGACAUUCAGAAACAAUCACAAAAUGGUAGAAAAGGAAAGCGUCCUGUCUUGGAGAGGUUCCGACAAAUACUACAACCCAUACAUUGGCCGUGGAGAGGUACUUUUUACAGGUCCUGAUGGCAUCAGGGAUCACGAUACAGCAGUCCUCGAUCCCAAUACUUAUGUGGGAAUUGGAACAAUGUCUCCUGAGGGGUCUAGUGAUCUGAACUAUUUAUGGAGACCAUCCAAGGGCUGUGCUUUUCCUCUGCCCAAGUCUGCCAAGGUUGGAGAAAUUGGGUGGGGUCUUCAGUUUUACAAAGACCGUCGGCAUUUGAGGAGUGGUCACCAAAUCAAGCAUGGUGAAUUUAGACAAGCUACAGAGGACAGACAUACUCAUCUUUAUCAAAAUCCUUGGUAUGCAGGACCAAAUGAUGAACAACCAGAUGAAGCUGGUCAAGAUUACCAGGUUCCAAUGUGCAGUCGAAGUGAACGACACAGGACAUCUUCAAGCAGAUCUAAUUCAAGGUCCUUCAGGUCCCAUACACCAACUCCUCAAAGAGUCCCACUCUCUGAGGCCCUGAGACAAACAACACCUAGGCCUCAUUCAGCAGGUCCUAGAAGUAAACCUUGGUCUGGUGCUUCGUCCAGUUCGACAUCGUAAGUUUUGUUUCAUGUUUCAUUAUUGAUGAGUUAGAGAGAGAAGAUUAAUCAUGGAGCCAGACAGAAGAGAGCUAGAAAAAGUGCCCACAUUCUUACUAGUGUUAUUUCUUCUUUAUAAGCCAUUUUGGCUGGGAACUGGGCUUUUAGAAAGACAGUUAUCAAAUUCCAAGAAGCUCUGUUGGCAGGUUCCACAAUUAAUACUAUGUCUAAUUUUUUAUUCUAGUCACUGAAAAUAAUAAUUUUAUCACAAACUGCUACUGACAAUGAAAUGGAACUACUUAUAACAAUAGUAAAGAAAUGAACUGAAAAUAAACCUGCAAUAAUAGAAGCAGGGUGGUACACAUGCAGACCUGCCAGAUUAUUGUCAUACAGUAUGUAUCUGACAGGUUGCAUGACACUAGAGCAGAUAAUAUUUUUUAAAAAGUUCAUGCUACAAAUUUAUCUUUGGCUAUGACUAACCCCAGUCCAAAGUUAAUAAUCAUUCAUUUUCAUAUUAUAUGACAUGAACAUAGAUGUGGCCUGAUACACUCCAAAAUAGAGUUCUCUGUACCUCAGUCGUAGAGCAUCAGAGCAUGGAAUGUGACUGUUUGGGGUUCAAGUGCUUAUGAAGACUCAGUAUUUUUUGUUUGUACCCUGCUCAUGACAAGACAAAAACCAUACUUUUUUAAUUCAUUUUAACUUCAGAAAGUAUUUUAGAUGAUUGAGUUUCAAGAAGUUAAAUAAUUAAAAAAAGGUUACAAGAGUAAUGAAAAUAGUUAUAAAUUACAACUAAGUUGCUUAUUGUUAUUAAAAUCUGGUUAACAAGAAGUGUAGUAUUAGGGACACCAUAACUAAGCUUCCUCCUCUCUGUGGCCUUAUAUUUGUUAGUGAAUCAAAGCUUCAUGCUUGAUUUGCAAGAAAUGCAACAUCCAGUUGAAGGCAGAUGGU